AUGACGGACCCGAACGGACAACACGCACUCGCGUCACACGACCGUCUAGUCACGGAUCCCGCCUUCUCGUCUGUGCGGUCGAGUGCAGACGACCAAGAUGGUUCGGUCAUGAAAUUUGACGACUCUGCCUUGGAGACAUUGAACGCAGCUGUUGAACAAGGAGCCGACCCUUUCAAGUAUGUCACAGCUGGAGAGUCAAGCACCGGUCUCAAAGCUUCUGACGGCAAGCCUUCGGGUUCACAGCCUUUCGCUCGGACACCAGAGUUGCGAGUUAGUCAUAAGAUUGCGGAGCGCAAGAGACGAAAAGAAAUGAAAGAGCUGUUUGACGAGUUGAGAGAUCUACUUCCUUCCGAACGAGGGUCAAAAUCCAGCAAGUGGGAGAUUCUUUCCAAAGCCAUCGAUCAUGUCACAAAUAUGAAGAAUCACAACGCGGAACUGAUAAGAGAGAUAGAGAGAACACGACGAGAACUGGAUAUGGCAAGAGGUGGAAACGGUCAAUUCGCCCCUUAUCAUACAGCACCGUACGCCAUACCACAAGCGCCCCUAUAUCCCGGUAUCGCUGCCUAUCCCACACCGGCGGCAGUCUCGUCCGCUCCAGCCACUGGAGCACCUCCCACCCCCGGCAUACCCAUCGGGACUCCCACGUCUGGCUCUAUCCCUACAGGACGACAACAAUCACCGCAAGUUUCGCAACAUACUGCAGCGCAGCAACAACAGACUUUGAAAUCUUCCCCUUCUCAACCCGGUUCGAGCUCCUCACAGCCUCGACUGAGCUUAGUGUACAUCAAGUGGGAGGAGAUGUGUGUCGACGUAACGUGGAGUGAGGGGUACGACAUGAUUCAUGCACGAGACUAUUGUUAUCUUGAUUCAGGAAGUCACACGGAAUAUAUUGGUGCAAGGUGUAUUAGCUCAUAUACGGCAUCGGACCCCCGAGCCCGUCGUGAGAACACAUACGCUCCCUUAUAUCGUGACAUGCGACCUGAGAAAGGUGACGUCCUUUCUGUUGACAACUAA